AUGUCUGGUGCAUAUAGUCGACUGGGCAAGGGUGAUGAUGGCCGGAACCGUUUCGAGAAUAUCGCAGAGACGCAGAAUUUUGACAGUUUUGUGACCAUUGACCUGGUCUCCGAAGAAAAUACCCCUAUUAGCGGGAAAUACGGCGACAGAUACGACUUUGGAGUGCGAUUUAGAAGGCUCAGAAAGCUUAUUUGGGAUCGAUGUAGCACCGUCGUGACGCUCACAUUGAUAGCGGUAACGAUUGGGUGCAUUGCUGGAUUUCUUCAGAUAUUUACGGAAACUCUGGUAAACUGGAAGACAGGAUACUGCGCCAGAAAUUGGCUGCUGAAUAAAUCAUUCUGUUGUGUGGAGAAAGAGGUUUUGUCAAGCCAGAAAAGCCCCCUUUUGACGAAACGUCAGGAAAUGGAAUGUGUCAAUAACGGACUGUGGGCGACAUGGUCGUUUGGACCUCUUCCUUUCCUGAUUUUUUUCUCACUGUCAGUGCUAUUUGCUUUAGUGAGUACGCUUCUUGUCAAGCAUGUUGCUCCCAUGGCUACUGGGUCGGGGAUAACUGAGAUAAAAGUAUGGGUGUCGGGCUUCAAGUACAAGGAUGAGUUCUUAAAUCUCUCAACACUGGUGGUAAAGAGCAUCGCCUUGCCGUUGACUAUCUCCUCGGGACUGAGUGUUGGGAAGGAAGGCCCUUCGGUUCAUUACGCAGCCUGUUGCGGUUACGUUAUCACGAGCUGGCUUUUGCGGGAUGCGCUGACAUUUAACAAGCAGGCCGACUAUCUGACCGCUGCUAGCGGCGCAGGCGUAGCAGUUGCCUUCGGAUCUCCGAUCGGUGGCGUGCUGUUUGGUUUGGAAGAAAUCGCGACAGCUAGGGAAUACACUGCAUCGGCACUUUGGAAGUCUUUCUACGUGGCACUUGGCGCUGUGGCCACCCUGGAGUACAUAAAUCCCUUCAGAAGCGGUAAAAUUGUUCUUUUCAAUGUCACGUACGAUAAAGACUGGAGAGUUCAGGAGAUACCAGUUUUCAUUAUCUUGGGAAUUUUUGGUGGGCUGUACGGGAAGCUCGUCAGCAAAUGGAACAUCAACUACGUUCAUUUUCGCAAAACUUAUUUGUCCAAGUGGCCAGUGCAAGAGGUUCUAGUUUUGGUCAUUAUUACAAGCUCAAUCUCGUAUUUUAAUGAGUUCUUGAAACUGGAUAUGACUGAAAGUAUGGGAAUUCUGUUUCACGAGUGCCAAACAAACGACAAUUCAUCUGCAUUCACUCACAGGUUAUGCCAACUCGACGAAAAUACACAUAUGGUCAGUUUCUUGAGAGUGUUCUGUUCACUAGUUAUUGCAACUGUCGUGAGGGCCAUCCUGGUUGUUGUUUCUUAUGGAGCUAAAGUUCCUGCGGGCAUAUUUGUUCCCUCUAUGGCAAUCGGGGCAACAUUUGGCAGAGCUUUGAGUCUGUUGGUCGAAAGGUUUGUGAGUGGAGCAGGUGUUAUCACGCCAGGAGCGUAUGCAUUUCUAGGUGCUGCCGCAACCUUAUGUGGCAUCACGAACUUAACUUUGACAGUUGUGGUGAUCAUGUUCGAGCUAACCGGUGCAUUCAUUUACAUUCUGCCGACAAUGCUUGUGGUGGCCGUUACGCGAAUGGUUUUGUCCUCCUCUGGAACCGCCGCAGGUAUCGCAGAUCAAAUGAUUUUGGUUAAUGGAUUUCCCAUACUGGAGGAGGAUGAUCUUGGCGAGUUCAUGAGUGAAUAUACGGCCAGAGAUAUAAUGGCUGAAGAUCUAAUAACCAUCAACGAUGAUAUAUAUCUCUCGGAGUUGGAGUCCCUAAUUUAUGAUACAUCUCAAAAGUCCGUAAAUGGCUAUCCAAUAGUACAGAACCAAUCUGAGGAAACAUCAGGGAAAAAAUGCGUCGGUUACGUUCUUAGAAGGCAUUUAAUUACGAAGUUAAGAGUCUCUGAAACCAGUUCCUUAGACUCCAAUCUGACAUUGGUCAGCUUUACUCGAAAUUUACCUCCGCCCACCCCUGACGUUGCAGGGCAGAGUCUUUUGAGUUUCAAAGAUAUUGCCAAUCCUUACCCUGUUACAGUUAAACCUGAGGUUUUAACAUCAUCGUUAUUCCGCAUGUUCAGAAAGUUGGGUUGUAAAGCAAUUAUGGUUGAAGAAUGUGAUGUGCUAAAGGGUCUAAUCACCAAAAAGGACAUUCUUAGGUUUGAGAGGACAAAGCGUGAGGAAAUCUUUGGUCCACGCUAUCGCUUUAAUGCCUCUUUUGAUCAAAAACUGUGGUCAAUCGUUGAGCGUAUCAUCCAGCGAUUCUCCUAUGCCGAAUAA